GGUUGCAGCUGGCUACUUGUAUUGCUCCUCCCAACCUCAUUUCCCUUCCGUAUCUCAUUCUCAUGUACACUGAUGCAUGCAUGCCUACUCUAAUGAUACAUACAGCACAGUGCCUUUGCUGAAAAUCUCACAAGCCACAUACACCAACAAGGCAUGCAACAACCAACCUUCAGUAGUGCUCCCAAGCUAGCCCCCAUUUCUUCCCUAUCUUGGAUCAUCACCAAUCCUAUCACAAGAACAAAUAGCACUCCAUAUCUACAGCAAAAAAUAUGCAUUAGCAAGUUCAACAAAGAUAUAUCCCCAUAUAAUAUUGAGCUGAUAUAACCCUAAACUCACUCUUCUAAGAAUAGUAAUAUAGUACUGUUACAUACCACCAGAGACCAGAUCCUCCCUCUCCCAGCAGGCCAGCAUACUAGUCAAAGUCAACAGCUACAGCAGCCGGAGCUAGCUCGAGAGGCGGGAGACAAGGAGACCCAUGGAGUUCACGCCCGCACACGGCGGGCUCGAGGAUCCCGAGAGGGCUCGCAGCGGCGCGGCGUGGGUGGAGAAGGAGCACAUGUUCGAGAAGGUGGUGACCCCGAGCGACGUGGGGAAGCUGAACCGCCUGGUCAUCCCCAAGCAGCACGCGGAGCGCUACUUCCCCGCGCUGGACGCGGCGGCGGCGGCGGAGGGCGGCGGCAAGGGGCUGGUUCUCAGCUUCGAGGACCGGGCGGGGAAGGCGUGGCGGUUCCGGUACUCGUACUGGAACAGCAGCCAGAGCUACGUGGUGACCAAGGGUUGGAGCCGCUUCGUCAAGGAGAAGCGCCUCGGCGCCGGGGACACCGUCUCGUUCGGCCGCGGCGUCGGCGAGGCAGCGCGCGGCCGCCUCUUCAUCGACUUCCGCCGACGCCGCCAGGACGUCGCGUUCCUGCAGGCGCCGCUGGCGUCGGUGCAGCGCCUGCCUCUCCCCUCCGUGCCCAUCUGCCCGUGGCAGGACUACAGCACCUAUGGCGCCUCUGCUCCGGCGCCCAGCCGGCACGUGCUGUUCCUGCGGCCGCAGGUGCCGGCCGCCGUGGUGCUCGCGUCGGUGCCUGUGCUCGUCGCGGCGUCUGCGGUGGAGGCGACAAGGCCGAAGCGGGUCCGGCUGUUCGGGGUGAACCUUGAUUGCCCACCGGACGGCGAAGAUGGCGCCAGAGUCACCCGGACGGCGUCGACGCUCCUGCAGCUGCCCUCGCCGUCGUCGUCAACAUGUUCCUCGACGGCAGGGAAGGAGAUCUGCUCUUUGGAUCUUGGGCUGUGAAGGCAACCAACAGCAAAAUGGAGAAAUUGAGCCUAGCACUGAGCCACUGACACGUGAACUGAUCAAGAUCAGGUCAUCAGACAAUGUUUGGAGCAGCUGCGUAUAUAACUCCACAGUACUGCAUCUGCAUGUGUAAUUGUUGAUGAACUACUAUUUCUUGAUGAUAUCUUGCUCAUGUUAAUUUUCUUGCUUUGCUUAACCAAUGUGUGUUCUUCUCUCUCUUUUUUGAGCCUUAUUUGGAGAGUAUGAUAUCAUGCUCACUGUAGCUGUAAAUAUUCUGAAUCUCUGACCGAGUUCAGUAAAGAACUGCACUGUGCUCUCUGCAUAUGAUAACAGUCAGUCCAAUGUGUGUAUAUCUUACUGUUUGGAUCAUGUAAUUUUUUUAGUUUAAUUUCAUGAAGCAGCACUGGGCAAGGUCACAAGGCUCUCCUCCCAAAGCAAGGUAGCAGAGGCAGUUAUUGGAUGAUGACCAGAUCAGAUCAGGUCAGACCCUAGUCUUUCUCCUAGAGAACAUCAGAUGCUUUUCAUGGAUAUCUAUACUCUACUUCUGCAUCCACAUCUCUGCAACUAUUAUCAUUCUUGGUUUGGUUUCUGUGCAAUUCUUUCCCUGCUGGCUGCUGCAUGCCUGCAUCUGAUAUUCUGAUCCACUUCUGCUUCUGUAACUGCAUGCUGCAG